UUAUCGCGCGGAUCCAGAGGACUUUUCCUACAACAUCUGCGGUCGGCCGCCAAUUUUCAAUGCUUGUUCACCUUGCCCUGAAGAUGAAGUUAAAUACGAGCUGCUGUCAGGUGCAAGCCGCAUCCGAUGGAGCCCUGCUUUUUAUCUCGUUCAUCGACCAACCCGAUGCAGCACUUCCUUAUGUUGCGGUCCCAGUUGACAGAUUCUGAUAUGGACUAUGAGAGGCCAAACGUUGAAACUAUCAAGUGUGUGGUAGUGGGAGACAAUGCUGUUGGAAAGACCCGCCUUAUCUGCGCUCGGGCCUGCAAUGCCACGCUGACUCAGUACCAGUUACUUGCUACACAUGUGCCCACAGUCUGGGCAAUCGACCAGUACAGAGUUUGCCAGGAGGUAUUAGAGCGCUCCAGAGAUGUGGUGGAUGAUGUUAGUGUGUCCCUUCGCCUCUGGGAUACUUUCGGAGACCAUCAUAAGGACCGUCGUUUUGCAUACGGCAGGUGA